UUUCAGCAUAAAAACCAAUUCACCCAUUUGGGUCCCACAGUAUCAUAACAAACCAGAGGCAGAACAAGGUGUAGCCACCACUGUCGCUGGACUAAUGGAAAGGGGAGUUAUAACACCCUAUAUUUCAGAUUGGAACACACCAAUUUUUCCUGUGCCAAAACCAGGAACUAACAAGUACAGAUUGGUACAUGAUCUAAGAAAUAUCAAUUCCAUUGUGGCAACACCCACAAUGACUGUGCCAAACCCAUAUAUUUCAUUAUCUACCUUGACACCAGCACAUCAAUGGUUCACAUGCAUUGAUUUGGCAAAUGCAUUCUUUUGUAUUCCAAUUGCAGAAGAGUGCAAAGCAUGUUUGGCUUUUACAUACAGGGGGUGCCAGUAUUCCUAUAACAGAUUACCUCAGGGAUUUAUUCUAUCCCCAGGAAUUUUUAAUCAUGUUUUGAAACAACAGCUACAGGACUGUAGCUUACCUGAAAACUGUGUCAUGAUCAUGUAUGUUGAUGACCUAUUGCUGGCUGCCACAACAGAAAAGGCAUGCUUGGAAGCCACCAGACUUGUGUUACUUCAGUUGCAUAAGUCUGGGUUUAAGGUAAGCAAGGACAAACUGCAGGUUUGCAGACCUUGUGUUACAUUUUUGGGUCGACUGAUCACGGCACAGGGUUCAACUUUGACAGGAACACAAAGACAGGGUAUACUGAGCCAUCCCAAGCCAACCACAGUGAAAGACAUGUUGUCAUUUCUAGGUUUGACAGGAUUCAGUAGACAUUACAUUCCCAUGUAUGUUUCACUAACCUUGCCUUUAAGACAAUUGAUCAAGGAACAUGGCAUGAAAAAUCUGAAAGCAGAACUUCAGUGGACACCAGAGGCUGAACGGACGUUCAUUGACCUUAAGACACAAUUAGCUCAUGCAGUGCACCUGAGCUGUGCUAAUUAUGAGUUACCAUUUUUCCUGGAUACCUCUGAGUCAGGAUCCAGUGCACACGGUGUCCUAUUCCAAAAAGACCAGGGUAGGAGAAAAGUUCUGAUGUAUGCCAGUGUACUUUUAGACUGUGUGGAGCAGAGACAACCUCUUUGUUCUAGGUUCGCAGCAGGCCUGGCUAAGGUAGUACACAAGACUUCACACAUUGUUAUGGGUCAUCCAUUAACAAUCCUGACAACACAUUCAAUCAUGUCUUUUGUAAAUUCAUCAUCAUUCACGUUUUCUCCUUUGCGACAAAGACGCAUUGCCAAGAUUCUGACCAGUCCAAAUCUAACAUACACACAUGAAGGCAUAAACAUGGCUGAUCUGAUGACUGAAGGCCAACCACAUGAUUGUGCACCCAUCACUGAGAAAGCAUCUAAAAUCAGGGAAGAUUUGUCAGCUGUUCCAUUGACUAGCCCACCACCAGUUAGAACACUUUUCACAGAUGGUUGUUGUUUCAGAGCAGAAGAUGGUAGCCUGAAAGCAGCAUAUGCAGUAGUGGAACAGGUAGGGAGUUCAUUAGUGACCAGAGAAUCUGAAUUGUUGACAGGAAAACAGUCAGCACAGAGAGCAGAGAUGAUUGCAGUAACCAGAGCCUUGUACUAUGCUGGUGAGACCCGUGUGAACAUAUAUUCCGAUUCAGCAUAUGUUGUAACAGCUGUCCACGUGGAAAUGCCCUUAUGGCAAAGAUGUGGGUUCACCACAUCUACAGGUCGACCAAUUACGCAUGCAUGUGAAGCCAGAGACCUUUUAGAGGCUCUGAUGAUACCCAAAGAGGUAGCAGUAAUUAAAUGUCCAGGACAUUCCAAAAAUGAUUCCCAUAUCACUGAUGGAAACAAUGCAGCUGAUCUAGCUGCCAAAACUGCGGCUGGCUAUGUUGCCAAUCAGCAGGUGGUGAGAUCAGACGGAGCUUGUACUGAUCUUUUGCCAAGAUUCACUAGAGAAUAUCUGAUAAAAGAACAACAGAAAUCUGCCCCUGAAGAACAAUCAGUUUGGUCACAGCAUGGAGGCAUCUGUGCUAGUGAUGGUCUAUGGCAAGCGCCAGACGGACGUCCGGCAUUGCCUGUGUCACUGUCCGGCUCAAUGUUAACUCAAGCUCAUGGUCUCAGCCAUGUCAAUGAUAAACAAAUGAUGAGAGUUCUUGAACAUUGGUGGCAUCCAUUUUUGCAAUCAAUGGUGUCAGGUCACGUGACAAGUUGUUCUAUCUGUCAGGAACAUAAUGUGAAACCCAGUAUCAAACCAAAGAAAGGUUCAUUUCCUUUGACAUCAGGCCCAGGGGAGGAAAUUGUGAUUGAUUUCACAGACAUGAUCACAAAAGUACAUGGUAAACGCUAUGUUUUGGUGAUUGUUGAUUAUUUCACUGGUUGGCCUGAAGCAUAUCCUGUCGGCCGAGAGGACAGUACGGCCGUGAUAAAGUGUCUAAUCAACCAUUACAUUCCACAUUAUGGGUUCCCCAGACGUGUCAGAUCGGAUAACGGCACUCACUUUAAAAAUGACCAUUUGAGAGUUGUUGAACAGGCCCUAGGCCUCACGCAUGCGUACGGAGCAGUCCAUCAUCCGGAAAGCCAAGGUAAGGUUGAGAGGUUGAACUUAACGUUAAAACUAAAAUUGGCAAAAAUCUGUGCACAGACAAAAUUGAACUGGCUAUCUGCAUUGCCAAUUGCUCUAAUGUCUAUCCGUUCUUCUGUUAACAGGAUCUCAGGCUUUACACCCUUUGAAUUGCUUACAGGUCGUCAAUUUCCAGGUCCCAGUACGGCGUUGAGAGAAGACACCGUGCAACCAUUGUCUCAUACUGUGUAUUUUGAUAAACUAACAGCUCUGAUUCGAACCUUUUCCCAUCAGGUGACUCCUGUACCAGUGCAACCUGAGGAACUGCCAUUACCAGUCACAACAGACUGGGUCAGGAUCAGAAAAUUCCGCAGAAAGUGGAAUGAACCACGGUGGUCUCAACCUAUACGUGUGACAGCUCGCACCUCACAUUGUGUGCAACUCCAAGGCAAAGGAGACACUUGGUUCCAUUUAACAUCCUGUGUAGCUUGUGACCCCCUUCUAGGUCUCUUGCUGACACUGGUUUGGACCUGAGGACUCAGGUCCAAGA